AUGGACCUCGAGUACCGGGGUCUUCUGGCACCAAAUGGCUUUCCUCCGCAUGCGAAUUUGAUAAUUCCGCCGGGCACCACCAGCGACCUUCGGCACAACCCUAGGCUUCCACGCCCACCGACAAGCUUCGAUUUCUCUCCUAGGUCCUCGGAGCCCGGAGACAUGGAGAAGACCCCGCCUGUCACGGGGAAGCGGCGGGGUGGGUGUCGCAAGGCUUGUAACGAGUGUAAACAGCAAAAGCUGCGAUGUGAUAUUGUCCAGACACCCGCCGACGCCUGCUCUCGUUGUCGGCGGCUCCAGAUAGAAUGCAAGGUUGAGCCUUCUUUCAAACGCAUCUCCAAAAGAAGGCGAAAUGCUGAGAUGGAACGUGAGAUAGCAGAGCUCCGUCGGCGGCUCUCUACCAACCCCAAUAGUGCUCAUGCGGUCGAGGCUGCGGCUAGUGAUGAAAUGUCUCAAUGCUCCGAGGAUGUUUAUUGCGGCCCGGAGUCUGCAAAUACAAAUCGAGCACGACCCAUGUCUACUAAGCUCGAACCGCAGGCGUUGGCAACUCCAUUGACUAUGCACAGCGAUAGAUCCAUCUUGUCUCAGGAUGACGAUCCUUGGCGGCUGGAAGAUAUCACCCUAUCCAGGCAAAGAGUAGCACGGCUGUUUGACCAGUUUUUUAAGUUUUAUCACCCUUUUCUUCCUUUAUUGAACCCUCAGAAGCCUCCCGAGGAGUACCUCCGUCGUUGUCCAUUUCAAGCUUGGACAAUCAUUUGCGUUGCUAGCCGACGAGCUCCCUCUGAACCAGGUCUUCUUAGUGCACUUUCGGGGCCCUUCAGCAGACUGCUUUGGUCAACAAUAACGGGCGUACCACAGGACUAUCGCGUUGUCAAAGCUCUCUGCCUGCUCUGUACUUGGCCACUUCCUACCACCAGCCAAAGGACGGACGCGACCUUUAUGCUCUGUGGUUUGAUGAUGCAGAUUUCUAUGCAACUAGGACUCCACCGCCCGGUCCAGGCCGAAGAGUUUACCACAUUCAAAAUGGAAGGCCAGGGUGAAGCUGUAAAAGAUCGCCUACAGACAUGGGUUCUCUGUAACAUAGUAGCGCAAAAUGUCGCUACUGGAUACGGGCAGCCACCAGGAACGAUCUAUGACUGGGCGCUGGAGCCUGCAUCUCUUCGGGAUGCGGAUUAUCACCCCUCAGAUGACCUGCGGACUCGUCUGCGUAUAGAAAAAUUCUGUGAUAGAGUAACAAAGUCCCUGUACAGUAGCAGGCCGGAUCCUGCCGAGUUUAUCAGUUCCGAAAAGCUCUUGAUUGUGCAGCUAUUGGAAAAUGAGCUGAGGGAGAUGGAGCUAGAUUUUGGGAGGAAUAUAUCUCAUAUCAAUAUGAUUCACCUGCGGGCGGCUGAGUUGCAUAUGCGCUAUUUUGUAUUCCUCGGAUCCAAUGCACGAAGCGACGAUUUGACAAAGCUUUUUAUCGCAACAACAUCAUUUCUCGGCCGGGUGCUAGACCUCGAAACAUCACCCGGAGAGCUCAUUGGCCACGCAACGAACUACAUCCUCCAGAUGAUUAUAUCUGCGGCAUUUGCUCUGAUGAAGCUAUUGAAAAGUGACUUUCGGCGGCAUAUUGAUUUUGAACACGGAAAGCUGUUAUUCAACGGUGCAAUCUCAGCCCUCAGAAGGAUCAGUGUCAUGGAUCACGAUCGGCCUGUCCGAUUGGCAGAUAUCUUGGCUCAAAUGUGGAAUGCCAAUGGUUCAGAAGAUUCUGGAGACGAUACGCUACUCCUCAAGGUUCGUUGCCGCAUGAGUAUGAGCCACGUUUAUGACACCGUUUGGCGAUGGCGACAUCGAUUUCGGCCUGCGAAGAGUUAUGAAGAUACGCAAGCCACGACCGCCGCCAACCAGAGCCUUUCAUCGGCCUCAAUUACGCGGCAACCGGAUGGGUCCCUGGAGGAUCCUACGCUGUUGUACCCGCCGGCAUUCGAUCAAGAAGGGGCUUUCUUCAACGAAGCCGGUUUUUCCGAAGUCUUUGACUCACUCAACUGGGUCUUUGACGGAUUACCUGACGCCGGGUUUGCAGCUCCGCCGGUUAUGUAG